AUGGAGAUUGAUUUAGAUCUGCCGUAUAAGCCAAUGGUGACCUCUUACGACAGCCCACCGCUCAUUUCCCCUCCAUUUUCAAAGAAGAAGCGCAAACUGAGCCCGUCGAGCCUGGCAAACAACCCGAUAACCACAAAGAGGAAAGGAAACGAAUCUGAGAGGAAUACAUCGAAUACGACGAUUACUGAUCCCAAAUUAAGCUUAAAUUCAAAUCCAGUCCCUCCCACUCCUCCUUCUCAUCCUCCAGACAUCGUCAUGGCCACAGAGACGCUGCACAUGCAUGACACAUCGAUGAGAGACUCCACCUCCCUCAUCGACAACGACAAGAAAGCUAAACAGCGUAAAAUCAGAUUCACUAUGGGUCCUCGAGCGGAUUGUCACAAGUGCAAACUAGGUGUCAAGGGGCAUUACUCACAUUUCGAAUGA